CAGAGCUGGAGUAAACUAUAGGAGGGACAUUGUUCAAAUCCAAUGAGUGAAAGUAGGACAUCAUUUGUUCGACUCUUCGUGGGGUUUCUCCUCAGUGCGACAGGUACCUGUUGUCCCAUUGAGUUGAGCCCCCCCAGGGUUGUGGUGCGAUAUGGAGACCCAGUCUCAGCCAACUGCAACACAACAGAAAGCGAGCAUGGUGGAAUGGGCUGGGAGGCUUCACAGGGAGGCAUACGUACUGAGAAGGACAGGCAUUUACGCUGGAGUUUGGAGAAUCUCACAGAAUGGUCCAUGUCACCCAUAUGCUUCAUCAACCCACACGAAGAAUUUUCUAAAUGGGAACAGUGCUCCAUGAAACUAGAAGUUGUUCUAUACAGAUUCCCAGAGUCCAUCAGAAUCGAGUCCAGUGGUUCUAUGCGAGACGGGAGGGAAUACACUUUAACAUGUGACGUCGGCUCGGUAGCACCGGUAAAAUAUCUCACUGUGAGGUGGUACAAAGGAGAUACAAUCAUCAAUACAACAACUUUUGACAAUCCAAGUAAGGAACCAGUGGAACAGCGCUCUGUCUUCAGCUUAAUACCUACUAGACAAGAUAAAGGAGUCAAGUUCAGAUGUGAGGCACAUUUGGACCUGGGGCCAGAAGGGCCACAACUCUCUGUGUUUUCAAACGAGAUUACUGAUGACUUUCUUUUUGGACCAGAUAUUCAAUGUUCUCUUCCGGAGUUAUUCGAGGGGGACAUUUUGGAUACCCUCUGCUCUGUGACAGGAAAUCCUCCCCCUAUUGUCUACUGGCUGAAAAAUGGAGAGCCCCUAGAACCGAACUACACUAUGAGCAGGGAAAAAGCAGGGUUGUACACCAUCAAAGCUGAGGGCUAUGUUGAAGGCACACGCGACAUCGAGGUCUUUGUGAUAUAUGGACCAGAGUUGACGUGUCCAAGCAAUUACACCGCACAGGAGUACGCUCCUUAUAACCUCACCUGCACUGUUAAAGGGUAUCCUGAACCUCAGAUGAUCUGGUACAAAGAUGGGGACGAGGUGAAACUCCCAGACUACUUCAGAAGAAAUGAUGCAGGGCAGUACUUGAUCAAUGCUUCUAACAUCCACUCAAGUGACACUCAAACAGUGGAGCUUGUCAUCAAAUACCCACCGUCACAGAUACUUGAGCUCGAAGACUCUGAAGUCGAGGUUGGUUCUGAUGUGUGGCUCAAGUGCUCCUCCAUGGGCAACCCACGACCAACCUAUUCAUGGUCAUAUUACCAGACUGACAAUGUGAAGGACUUAAAUGAUGAUGGAGUGUCACGUUUGGAAAUCCAAAGUGCUACUGCAUACAACAUCGGCUCCUACACUUGUCAGGCCUCGAAUGAGAUAGGAAAUGUCUCUAAAACUGUCAGAAUCACAGUAAAAGGUGCCGAACAAGUAUGCCCAAUUGAAAUAACUCCAAAGAGAUUGCUGAUACCAUACAGCAGCAAUACCAAGAAUGUAACAUGCACACCAGCAUCUGCCAACAAGAAUUUCAAAGCAUUAUACUGGCACGGCGUCAAUACCACAGGCGCAACUUGGCAAGUUGACACCCAUAAAGACUGGGACCUGAUACCUGUCUGUAAUGCAACAUUUGAUGGAAUAGGGACAUGCAGUAAACGCUUUGACUUCAUCCUCUACAAAACACCAGACAGUGUCUCCAUCCAUCGUGUGGACAACAGCAGCUCAAAGGAGGAUGAAAUCCUCCAGCUGCGAUGUGAUAUUUCCAACGUUGCGCCUUAUCAAAAUCUCAUUGUGCGGUGGUACCACGGGAAUAAAACCAUUAAUUCUUCGAGCAACGGCUCAAAGGAAGUGAGUGGCUGCCCGCCUGAAAACAGCACAAAUUGUGACAUCAGGACCCCGGUAAAUGUAUCAUAUACCAUCAAUAUCACCAUGAAGAGAAAACUCAACGAAGCAGAGUUCAAAUGUCAGGCACAGUUGAACCUGGGACCAGAGGGACCACAGCAUCCUUACAAGGAGUCCAGUCCUCUCAACAUUACUGUCUAUUCUAAGCCGGUCAUUAAUGACACAAAGCUCGAGAAUAAAAUCCCUUUGUUCAGUGGUUAUCCUGGGGAGCUUGUUUGUGAAGCUGACGGACACCCAACUCCAAAGAUCCAGUGGCAUUACAAUGACAAAUAUUUCCAAUUUGGAGGCAAAAUCAAUGUUACGGAGCAAGGCACCUACAUCUGCAACGCCACUAACUCUGUCGGUUCUGCAACCCAUGAGGUCAAAGUGAUUUUAAAAGAGGACUACCUGCCCCUCAUAGCUGGAUUUGUGGCUGUCACAGUAGUGAUCAUCUCCGUCAUCUUCCUCUUCAUUUACUCCAUCUACUACAAGAAUACCAAGAUGCGCCGCUACAGCCUUAAAAACCCAAGACUUAGCACCCACAACGGCAACGUUGCUCACAAUGGUUGGGACAUGCAAUUUCCUAUGACGAAACUGUCAUAGCAGCACAUCUGUUAACCACUCUGAAUGAGCUUCAUAUCAGCGCGACCAGAAUUAACAGUGGCUAAAAGGCUGAAUACCACUCAGUCAGCUUACUCACACUGGACUCUUUGGAAAUCUGUUUUUCUCACAUCUGUUCCCCACAGAUAAUAGUUUUUUUUACCCUUUAUGGACUAAUCUAAUUUUUUUUAAAUUAGCAAUGUGGCAUGAGAUGUUCAAUUGAAUAUUUACUACUGGAUUCGACCUGUUUUUGACUGGACAGGAAGAAGAGGAAGAGGAAGGACUCAAAAUUUGGCUCUGAGCUGAUGAAUUGUUAAGAUAUGAAGAAAAAUACCAAAACAGUAUCUCUUAUUAUUUUUAAUAAGAACAAAGGGAAUUUAAUAUGAUUAUUAAUGUUUUUGUUGCAUUUGUUUUAUUAUUGUUUUUUCUGCCCCUAUAACUUGCACUCAAACUUAGAUCUAUGUAUGCAAUCAUACAGAUUUAAGUUUGUGUCAAAGUGACACAGUAUUACCCUGAGACUGCUGGAGUUUAAAAAGUCACACCAACAGGAAAUGCACUACGUGCUUAUUUAGGUGUGACACUGAAUCUGUGAAAACGAAACAAACCAGCUGUGGUUAUUGGUGAACACUAUUGUUUUUGAUCACUGUCCCUUCACUUUUCUUUGUAAGCCACUCUGCACUUGUUUCCCUCUGUGCCAUGCUGUGUCAGGCUCUCAGUUUAUGGGGGGCAUUGUUUUAUCUGCGCGGUUGUAUGCUUUUCUAUGAAUGUCUGCAUUAGAACUGUUUAUUCAGUAUAAUUUUUUAUGUAAAUGUAAAGCCUUGUAUUUUUUUGUGAGGAACCAUGAGGAUAGCACAAUUUGGUAUUGAAAAUUGGACUGCAUACAAGGAUGUAAAUGUUGCAAAUGUUAGAGCAGUUAGUGGGGCUGAAGUCCUAUUUCAGAUAAUUGGGGACAUGAAGACGUUCAAAUGUAUAUGUGAAUACUGCUGUAAAUAUUUAUGACAGGUGUAAAACAAUAUUUUAAUAUUAAAAAUAUGGCUUUUUAAACAAA